AUGGAGAAGAAACAACAGUCUACAAGCAACAAACGAACGGAUGUGGGAAACACCGAAGGCAGUCAGGAUGGCAAAGAUCCCUAUUUGGAGAAGUGUAUUGCAUUCGCCGAAAUAACGAAUACUGAUCGGGCUCUAGCCACGAUGUAUCUGCAGGAGUAUGACUGGAAUUUAACGCUGUCGGUCGAUGAAUAUUUUUCACGACAACAAGCGAAGUCCAGCAAUUCACAGGAACGAAACCCUCGUAAGAGGAAACUGGACGAGUCAGAUGUAGUCAUCCUCUCAAGUUCUAGUGAUCCACUAGACAAGAGUCUCAAUAAACCAAUGUCAACUAAAGUCUCAGUGGAGAAAAUGCCAAUACUAACCGUUUUAUCAUGGAAUAUUCAGGGCUUGGAGAAAUCAUGUUUGAACAAACGAAUGGAAGCGAUCGCUACUACUAUACAAAAAGAGGAAUUCCACGUGGUCUGUUUACAGGAAGUCGUUCCCGCGUGCUUGAAUAUUCUUCAAAGUAAGCUGGAACCAACAUAUCACAUUUUCUCUGCUUCUGACCAUAAUUGUUUUUGGGAUUAUUUUGUUGCUAUCCUAAUAAGAAAACAUCCAGGCAUCAAAGUUGAUCCAAACACCAUUAGUAUCCAAGAAUUUCCAAACACUGUAAUGGAUCGUCAUCUGUUCUCUAUUGAUUUGCAUUUGUCUAAUUUUUCGGAUCAAUUCAAUUCAGAAUUAUAUCUGCGAAUAUUUACUAGUCACUUAGAAAGUUGUGCUGAAUACUCAACCGAAAGAGUAGAUCAGCUGAAGCUCGUUUGGGAUGCAAUGUCUAGUUAUGUAAAAAGUGAUGAAACUGAAUCCAACUCUAAAGUUACUCGUGCUUCUGUCUUUUGUGGCGAUCUUAAUUUACGAGAUGCAGAGGUCACAAUGCUUGGCGGAUUACCGGAAGGUAUUGUCGAUGUAUGGGAGAAAUGUGGACGACUCCCUGAGCUUCGGACCACCUGGGAUCCGAUGCGCAACUCCAAUGCCAGAAGUCAAUUUAAAGGUAUCCCUCGCCCUCAUUUAACUUUCAGAUAUGAUCGUAUGUAUGUAAUGGGUUCAAUACUGGAACCAGUUGACUUUGGUUUUCGUGGAAUUGAGAAAGUAAAGCGUUCGGCGUACUUCGCUUCUGACCACUGGGGUAUUCUCAGUCGCUUUCUGCUAUCUACUGGAUAA